AUGACAGCCCCGACUGCUGACCCGGCUGGCUCGAAGGAUGUGGGCGCAUUAAAAAUCCCCGGGUUCAGAGACAUUGCUGUCAAGGAAUAUGGUGAGUGGCUUGCAUCAAAUGUUUCCGAUGAAACCCUCAAAGCUGCAUUCCAACAAGCGUCCGACGUCACGCUUUCAGAUGGCUUUGAUCUUGAUCACAUCUACAAGGACCGAAACCCAGAUUUCUUCGUUGGGAAGGGAAUUAAACCCGGAAUUGCCCGAAGUUUUGUAGAAAAUAUCCGUGAAUGGGUAGAAAAUAUGAAGAAGGCAGUUCCCGUUGUUGAAACGGUGUAG